CGCUCGGUUUGUUUUCCGGGCGAUGCUGCUCUUCUCUUCAAAGCAGAGGAGAGUCGGGGGCUCAUGUGUCAACAUCCAGGGUUUCCCCGGGGAGGCGUAACGUUCACGUUAUUCCAAAGAAGACGAAGAAGAAGAAAAAACCCCGACGCUCCUUUGAGGACCCGUUUUUUUUAAUUUUGUCGUUAGCGCCGCUCAUCCUCGGAGGCCGCGGCGUCAGUGACCGCUACGACCGGAACGAGGUCCACGGCCCCGGCUGCUUUGACGUUAGCUAACGAUAUUGUAAACGAUGACCGAGUACAAAGUGCGAACAGCGUCUCCGAUCAUCUAAUAUCGUCCGGGGGACCCUGUUAGCUUAGCCGGCUAGCCUGGUGAUUCGAUCGAGAUCGCAGGGCAACGCGGCGACACACAACUGCUGACAUGAUGUUUCCUCAAUCAAGGCACUCGGCGUCCUCUCAGUCCGGUCAAGCUCUCAAGUUCACCACUUCUGACUCCUGUGACCGCAUCAAGGAUGAAUUCCAGUUCCUCCAAGCACAAUACCACAGUUUGAAGUUGGAGUGUGAUAAAUUGGCCUCUGAAAAGUCAGAGAUGCAGCGUCACUAUAUCAUGUACUAUGAAAUGUCCUACGGGCUGAACAUUGAAAUGCACAAACAGGCUGAAAUAGUGAAGAGACUGAAUGGGAUUUGUGCUCAGGUGCUGCCUUACCUGUCACAGGAGCAUCAGCAGCAGGUGAUGGGCGCCAUAGAGAGAGCAAAGCAGGUCACACCUCCUGAGAUGAACUCUAUCAUACGGCAUCAGCUGCAGGUGCAACACCUGCCCCAGCUCCAGGGCCUGGCCCUGCCCGUGACCCCGCUGCCCCUGGGCCUGACCCCUCCCAGCAUGCCCGCCGUCUCCUCCAGCUCCGGCCUGCUCUCCCUCUCGUCCAUCCUGGCCAACUACUCCCACGGCCAGGCCCAGGCGGUGAAGGAGGACAAGGCCCGGGAAGCCGCCGAGAGAGCACCCAGAGGAGAAGACGGGGACAAGUCAGACUAGUGCCGACGGUGCGAGGAGGUUUGGAGGGAGGUGGUGGGGGGGGGGGGGUGUAUCAUAAAAAGAAGGGUGAAACUGUAACUGUAAACGGAGAUUGAUGUAAGUCUGGCUGCCUGUCUGAGUGUUGAUGUAGAAGAGUAACCGCAGGGAUGAUGACAAAGCAGAAAAGACGGAGUUGAAGCUUUCAAAUGUGUAGAGAACGAAACUGCUGAGUGGCUGAGAGUGAGAGUUCUUAUUUAGUGGUAAUAGACUCAGUUCAGGCUUCUAGACUUAGAAUAAAUGCUUUUUUUUCUUUUUUUCUUUUAGUGUAAGCCACUGUUGUUAGGCUUAACCGAGAUACGUGUUUUCCCAUUUGGAGAGAGAGCGCUGAGGCUGAAAGCUUAGAGCAGUCUCCCUCACGUGGAUCUGCCUCUCACAGGUUUUCGUUUUUCUUCUUGUUCUUAUCAGAUCUGAAUUCAAUGUUCUUCUUUUUUAAAAGUCCCUCUGAUUUUUUUUUAUUACUGGCUCCUAUCUGUCAGUCACCAAAAGGAGUUUAAACAACAUCUCAGCUCUAACUCAAAACUCCUUUCUCGUCCUCGCAUGACGUACAAUAGCUCAGUAUUCUCCCCCCCCCCCCAAAUGUCGAAAAGGAGCUGCUGCACCAGAGCCAAAUUAAAUCUUAGUCGGAUGUUUAAAGGGACAUUUCACUCGUCACUCUGCAUUCAAUCCCUUCGAAGUCGAAACCAUUCAUUUCCAUACCAACCACUGGAUGCAUUGCCUUGUACUGUGUACCUCAGUCCCAGAUCAAUGGGAUUUCAUUCCAUCAAAAACCCUGUAGUUUGUAGAAAUGGCAGUAUGCCCAACUUUGGGGGGGGGGGGGUUAAUUUGCUUCAUAUGCCGAGCUGCUGCUGCUGCUGCUGCUGCUGCUACACGCGCUACAUCAAAUGGACCAUGACUCGUCUUUAAACGACAAGAAUAAAAAAUUUUAAAAAUUGACUUUAUUUUGGCAUGUUGUUUUGGUGAAGUUAAAGACAGGCUAUAGUUAGUCUCUAAAUGUCUGUGUGUGUGCUCGAGUGAAUGUGAUUAGAAAGAAGAAAGAAAAAAAACCUUUUAAUUAAAUUUUCUUUUUCUUAAGCACCUUUUUGUAUUUUUCUCCCCCCUCUGCGUCGGCCCCUUUUCCCCCCAUUUGCUUGUUCAUUGUUAAAUCGAACCUGAACAGGAUCUGAACUUCAGAACCAGAUGGCCGAAUCCAACAAGACGACUUCUGUGUUUCUGUAAGUUAGCAGAGCUGAGACUGUAUCGAGCAUCUGUCUUUUCCUAUCUUGUGUGUGAGGGAUCGUCCCCAAUUUUACUCUUUUUUUUUUUUGAUGAAGAAUGUGUGGGAGUGAGUGGCUGAAGCUCUGCAAGCAACAGCUAACAUGCGUUCCCUUAAAAAAAAAAAAAAAAAAACAUUUUUACAAAGUUAUUUCAACCAGAAUUUGUGUUGGCGAUCAAAUUCUUGUGCCCCUUAUUCACACACACACACACACACACACACACACACACAAACCAAGCUGGUUUUUAUAUUCAGCACAUUCUCAAACUAAAUCUGUGUCCCAGCUCCAUACUAAAUACCAAUUCCAGAAAGUUAAUGCUAUCUUCUUACCUUGAUAGUAUAGUAUUCCUGUAAUACCGUGGCUGAGACCUCAUGAAAAUCCGUCCAUAAUGUUUUAUUUUAUUACUACUGUGGGAGUAAUCACGCCCACAGGGAUUGGCCAACUCUUCUUUUUCUUUCCUAACAUAACAAUGCGUGACAUUAAGAAUUCCUUCCAGGAGAGACUGUCUUAAAAAAAAUAUCCCAUUAUAUAUUUAUACACGCUUAUUAUCUCUUCACUCCAAAGCAGGUUAGUGUGUUCACAUUGUGAAAAAAACGCAGCUUGAUUUGUGAGUGAGCCGAUAACGGACAUUAUUUUCUGGUAAUGCACAAAGUAAAUGGAGGAGGUGGUCACAGCUGUCAAAUACAAAACCAACAUCAACAACCUUUGAUCAUAAUUGGAAUAACAUUUUGCCGUCUUUCUGAACUUAAAUUUGCUGCGGUUUUCUAAAGCUGCACUUCAUUUUACAUGGGACGUUUAAAAAAACAAAACAACCGCAGUUUACCAAAAGUGCUGAAAAUAAAAGAAUAUAGAAACAUGUAUGUAUGAAAAAACAGGAAGGUGCAAGAAAACAUUAAACAUCUGGAGAAUAUUUUGAGGAUGGAGAUAUUGCACAACAGCAGGUGAACUCAAGAUCUCAGUGGGUCUUAAACAACGUGUCCAGGGUCUGAGCAGUUCCAAUGUGAGAAGGUCGGACCUUCCAGAGAUUAGGGGCAACGAGGCGAGCGGUGAAUCCCUUUAUCGUUAGUAUGAAAACUUUGAAGUCCUCUGACUUAUUGAAUAAUGGCUGCAAAAGGCAGCGUAAUAUACAGGUUUGGUGUACAGUGAAUGCAGUCAGUAUUUCGUUUGGAGAUGCGACACCAGAGGGCAGCAGCGCUCUCUCAUCAGUGUCAAGAGGCUCACAAGGCUGACAUCCUGUCCUCCUGCUCCCAGGGCCGAGCACCGGCUCGCUGCAGGUGUUUGUCAUCCCCCCCCCCCCCCCCCCCCGUAAUGUGAGCGCUCUCCAGAGCUUUGACAACCCAACUUUUUAUUUUAUUUUAUUUUAUUAUUUUUUUUCAAAUGUCUGAGCACGUUCCAAGAUCGCCUCAUGAACCUUUUCCUCUCUCUAUUUUUAAUUUUUUUAAAAAGCACUUGGGGUCGCGGCUCGGUGCGCGCUCGUUUUCACCCUCCGCCUGCAGGGUUUCCCUCCCUGGAGAUUUGGACUUUGACAUACGAAGCGCGAGAACGGGAUCAGUUCGUCCUCCGCGCUCUGUACGCCGACGUCGCUCUCCGUAGACAAAAAACCUCCUGUGGCAAAACUCAGACAUAUGAAUGGUAUGUGUGUUUGUUUUUUGCUGUGAAGGGCCAAUUUGUAUACAUAUGAAUAUAUCAAUAUACAUAUUUUUUAAAGCAUUUUUGUAUGUUUCAAAGCUGCUUUUUAACGUGUGUGUAUCAUGGAAGACGUAAGUGUUGUACGUGUGCAUUACGGGGCCUACAGUACGAGAGGCACAAUGUUGUAUACCAUGUCGUUUUUCCUGUUUUCUCUCUCUCUCUCUCCCAUUCUCUCAGUAGGCAGUGACACUUAACAUUGUUUUCUAUGUUUGUAAAUGUUUUAUUCCCUUUUUUUUUCUUCUUUUUUUUUUUGGUGCAAACAAAAAAAAACAAAAAAAACAGUUUCAUGUGUUUAAGAACACAAACUCAUUUUAAAAAUACCUGGGGCAAAAAAAAAAAAAAAAAUGUAAACAAGCAACUGUGUACUCUUAAUGAGAAUGAAUCAAACUUUUAGCAGUAAGGAAGCUUCUCUGGUGCCUUACAAAUAAAAGAUGUGAUUGCGA